GUGGCGCUUGGGGCCUGCGGGGAGCGAACGGCCGAGGAGGGCGCUGGGAGCGGCCGGGCGACGGCGGCGAGCGCUCGGUGUGCCUGGUAACCCCACCUCCCCGCCCCGAGUAAGAUGAGCGAGGCGGACCAGGCCCGGGUGGGGCCCAAGGCCGACGAGCCCUCGCCACACGCAGAGGAGAAGGACGAAGGGGGCGGGAAGGAGGCGGCUGCCGACGCGGCCCCGGGGCCCAGCGCCUCGUUCCGCCUCAUGGUGACUCGGCGGGAGCCUGCCGUGAAGCUGCAGUACGCGGUGAGCGGGUUGGAGCCGCUAUCCUGGUCUGAGGACCACCGCGUGUCUGUGUCCACGGCCCGCAGCAUCGCCGUGCUGGAGCUUAUUUGCGAUGUGCACAACCCAGGCCAGGACUUGGUGAUCCACCGCACCUCGGUACCCGCACCUCUUAACAGCUGCCUUCUCAAGGUUGGCUCAAAAACAGAAGUUGCUGAGUGCAAGGAAAAGUUUGCUUCCUCUAAAGACCCCACCAUCAGCCAGACUUUCAUGCUAGACAGGAUGUUCAACCCCGAGGGGAAGGCGUUGCCCCCAAUGCGGGGUUUCAAAUACACUAGUUGGUCUCCCAUGGGUUGUGAUGCAAAUGGCAGGUGCCUCUUGGCAGCACUGACCAUGGACAAUCGUCUGACUGUGCAGGUGAACCUCAAUAGACUCCAGUGGGUCCAGCUGGUUGAUCUGACUGAGAUUUAUGGAGACCGUCUUUAUGAGACCAGUUAUAGACUGUCUAAAAAUGAGGCUCCUGAGGGAAAUCUCGGGGAUUUUGCUGAGUUUCAGAGGAGACACAGCAUGCAGACCCCAGUCAGAAUGGAAUGGUCAAGUAUCUGUACCACUCAGCAGGUCAAGCACAACAAUGAGUGCCGGGAUGUGAGCAGUGUGCUGCUGGCCGUGCUCUUUGAGAACGGGAAUAUAGCUGUGUGGCAGUUCCAGCUGCCGUUCGUGGGAAAGGAGUCCAUCUCUUCAUGCAACACUAUUGAAUCAGGAAUCAGCUCCCCCAGUGUUUUGUUUUGGUGGGAAUAUGAGCACAAUAAUAGGAAAAUGAGUGGCCUUAUUGUGGGCAGUGCUUUUGGACCUGUAAAAAUUCUCCCUGUCAAUCUCAAAGCAGUCAAAGGCUACUUUACUUUAAGGCAGCCUGUUGUCUUGUGGAAAGAAAUGGACAAGUUGCCUGUGCACAGCAUCAAAUGUGUGCCGCUUUAUCACCCUUACCAGAAGUGUAGCUGUAGCUUAGUGGUAGCUGCGAGAGGCUCCUAUGUGUUCUGGUGUCUUCUUCUGAUCUCCAAGGCGGGUCUGAAUGUUCACAACUCCCACGUCACAGGCCUUCACUCACUGCCCAUCGUCUCCAUCACUGCAGACAAGCAGAAUGGAACAGUGUACACCUGCUCCAGUGACGGGAAGGUGAGGCAGUUGAUUCCCAUUUUCACAGAUGUUGCAUUAAAGUUUGAACACCAGCUGAUUAAGCUCUCAGAUGUAUUUGGCUCAGUGAGAACUCACGGCAUUGCAGUGAGUCCCUGUGGUGCUUACCUGGCCAUCAUCACCACUGAGGGCAUGAUCAAUGGCCUCCAUCCUGUGAACAAGAACUACCAGGUCCAGUUUGUUACUCUAAAGACCUUUGAAGAGGCGGCUGCUCAGCUCUUGGAGUCUUCAGUUCAGAAUCUCUUUAAGCAGGUGGACUUGAUCGACUUAGUCCGCUGGAAAAUUCUAAAAGAUAAACAUAUUCCUCAGUUUUUACAUGAAGCUUUGGAAAAAAAGAUUGAAAGCAGUGGGGUUACCUAUUUUUGGCGUUUUAAGCUUUUCCUCCUAAGGAUUCUGUAUCAGUCAAUGCAGAAAUCCCCUUCCGAGGCCUUGUGGAAGCCUACCCAUGAGGACUCGAAAAUCUUACUGGUUGACUCACCUGGGAUGGGCGAUGGUGAAGACGAGCAGCAAGAAGAGGGGACGUCCAAGCAGGGAGCUAAGGCUGUCCCGCAGGAGAAGGGCAAAGAGGGUGACACGGAGGAGACCCCUGACGACUCGGUCACUGCUGUGGGAGACACCGGAGGCCGUGAACCCAUUGAGGAAAAACUCCUUGAGAUCCAAGGGAAGAUUGAGGCUGUGGAGAUGCACCUGACCAGGGAGCACAUGAAGCGGGUCCUUGGAGAAGUGUACUUGCACACCUGGAUCACGGAGAAUACCAGCAUACCCACCAGAGGGCUCUGUAACUUUCUGAUGUCUGACGAGGACUAUGAUGACAGAACAGCUCAGGUCUUGAUUGGACAUAUCUCUAAGAAGAUGAACAAGCAGACCUUCCCUGAGCGCUGCAGUCUGUGUAAGGAGAUCUUACCAUUCACAGAUCGAAAGCAAGCUGUUUGUUCCAAUGGGCACAUCUGGCUCCGGUGCUUUCUAACCUACCAGUCCUGCCAGAGCUUGAUAUACAGACGAUGUUUGCUCCAUGACAGCAUCGCCAGGCACCCUGUUCCAGAAGAUCCUGACUGGAUUAAGAGGUUGCUGCAGAGUCCUUGUCCUUUCUGUGAUUCUCCUGUCUUCUGAGUUCAGUGAGGAGGAUGGAGGAUAUGAAGUUGGCUAUAGAGAGUGCCCGAAGCCUGAAGAGCAGGUGUGCUGCCUGGCGCUGCGCUGCAGAGAGACACUCUUCCACUGGAAGGAGGGGGUUACCCUGGAGCUCACUUCACCAGCACGAACUCCAUCUUCAAGGGCUGAAGGAUAUUUUUUAAAUGAUGAAAUUCAGAGUUUGAGUCAUUUAAAAGGGAGCAUUAGCCAUCCCUAGCCCCUCACCUGGUGAGGACCACUUGUUUUCCAAGUGUCUUGCCUAAAGCAGUUUGAGCAGAAGCCUUCUGCUUCUAGAAACAUAAUGGUCUCUUCUAGAGAAUCUAAGGACCUUCUUGUGAGUUAGGUUUCCGUCCUUGCUUUGGUCUGGGACUGCCAGUAGCUCCAGAGGGCUGAAAUUAGUUGGUACAUGACACUGCAUGUACCAAUACAUCUUAAAGUGUAUAAAGCUAGCUGCGUGUGGCUGCUGUUUGCUCAGCAGACUCAUUUGUCCAUUGACUUGUUUUCAUUUGUAUGGAAAAUGUUUUCCUAAAACUAUAUUUUUGAAGCCAAGAAUAAAAUCAUCUUAAUGUAUCAAAUGAUCAGGUGACUAUUAGAAGUUAAUAAUUGUCAUCAGAUUUCCUGCCCAGCUCUAAUAUGUAACAGGAGAUUAAGUACUCCUGCCCUCUUCACAGCCCUACUUCAUGCCCAUGUGGUAACCUGGAUAUUUGUACAUAGAGGGAAAGUAUUGCCUUUUUUUAGUAUUAAAUUGAAGCUUCAGUAUUUCUAACAUUGACUUCUCCAGACAUCUCACUGAGUCUUUGUGGGAAGCCUGGUCUAGAGACUUCUGGAGAAACGUGGAGCCGGAGGUCCUCAAGCUCUGGGCUACAAGCCUGUGGAGCUCAGUGGAAAACCUGAGCAGUCCCUCACUUGCCAAAGACCCUUAAUCUUUGGGAUAUAGGUAUUUUUCUGUGGGCUUAAAGAGGAGACAAACACGAUCAAUUGAUUGCUAGCUCUUAACCCAGACCUGAUGCAUUCUGGAGUCGUAGUCAGGUCAGAGUAAGUGUCCUGGGACUGGUGCUAAUGGGCUGGACUAUAGUGCACAUGUUCUGAAACUGUGCGAUUGGGAAGUGAGGGAGAAGUACGAAGCGUGAAGUGCUUCACUCCUGGUGAUCCUUUUUUAUCAUUGGCAUUAUCUUAGCAGACUUUCCCAUUUGAUUUUAUAUCCUUAGCAAAAGACAUUCGGUCCUGACUUCAGAAAUAAUGUUUUAGUACAUGGGUAGGUACCACAGAGAGAGGCAGAGCACAUGCCACCCUGCCACACUUCCCUCACACUGGGCACAGACCCUAAGAGGCACUUCCAGAAGCUGCUCUGAAAUGUCCUAUUGAGAUUGUUGUCCUGUGCCGUGUGCUUAAUGGAUUGUUUGUUGGAGUCUUUAAUGUCCUGACAUGGGGUUGUUUCAAGAACAGCAUCUAUCCAGACUGAGGGGCAGCAAGGAAAGAGCCCUGAGUGACCCAGUUCAGACUCUGCAUGGCUUCUCAGAGGAAGAUGACAGGAGUGGAGAUGGCUACCAUGCAUGCCAAGCUUCCUUUCUCUUGCUCUUUGGAAUCAAUCUCCCUAGGGAGUUUGGGGGAACUUAAAACCUGAUUGUUUAAAGCAGUUGUGCAGUUCUGUGAAAUUUUAACAACUAGAAGUAACAAAAGAAUUUCUAGGAUCUGUACUUGUAUACAGGAAGAAACGUGGCAGCUGGAACACAAAUGUACAGCAAGAGGCUUGGCCCUGCAGCAUUCUUAGGACUCUGAAGUCCAGCCGGGAGGGAUGUCCCUCUCCCCCACACACCACAUUGAUUGUUAAUCUUCAGAGCUGGGUGAACAAGAGAAUUUGGGGUUGAUGGCAGCCUCCUGCAUGGUGAACUUCUGAAUCCCUCUCCAAAGGUCAGCAUAUAGGAGCACGGAGGGAGGGUUGAUGGAGAGACCUUGGAAAAGUGAUGUGACAGCAGAGUCUUACUCUGUGCCCCUUCCAGUUUGAACUUACCUGUGCUGCUUGGGGAGGCAUUCAGUAGCUUUCAGUUGCAGCUGUAGUAGCUGUUUGAGCCGAGGGAGGAAGAGUAGCCCCGCAUCACUGCCCCGCAUUUAGAAGACUGUAGCAGAGACUCCGCAGAGACCUUACAAUCUGCAGCACUGCUGUGUACCAGGUUCCAUGCCUGGCGUUGUUUCUGUUGCUCUAGGUAGGAUGGGUACUGACUUCCUGAUAUGUUCACCCCCAGACUUGAAGCUAGCUAUCUCUACCUCCUACCAGAUCUGCUAGACAUGAGUACCAGCAAAGUUUAUGGUAGGGUAUAACAUUGUUCUGCUUGUCCCUCUGUGUGGGAAGCAUGUAGGCUGAACCUAGCAAUAAACUUAACAAGUGAAUUGGAUUGGGAAAGUUUUCUUUUCUGUUUGUUUUGUUCUGUUUUUUUUUUGAGGUGGGGUCUCACUAUGCUAUAGUUCCGACUGCCCUGGAACUCUUGCAGAGCAGUCUGCCAUUGAACUCAAAUAUCUGCCUGUCUCUGCCUCUAAUACUGGGAAAGUUUUAAGGGUCAAUAAUUAUUAAGUCAUUUGAUUGGUUAUAUUGGUAUCAAAUAAGGUGCACAUGGUGGAACACAGCCCUAGUCUGGGAGCCCUGCAUUCCUGGUAGUGGCUAAAUGACCUGGGUUUGCUAAGCAGCUGCAGUUCCUGAAAUAGACCAGACUCAGCUUCUGGUCAUCCCCCUCCUACUUCACCUUCCCCAAGAGGUGGCUCCCAACAUUAGGAUGCAUUCAGGGCCAAGAAAAUACAUAGUGAUAAAAAUUUCUAAAGACUAAGCCAUGUGGGUCUUGCGGGGUGGGGGUUGGGGAGACCAGUGAGCAUCUUGUGGUCAGAGCUCAGGGCUGACUGCCAGCUCCUUGCCACCACAGUGUUGGCUGUUGAUGCUAAGCUGAAUGGAGUACAUCCAAGUCAGUAUGGACCGUCAACAGUCAGUCAGAUACACAGAGCUCUUGCACCACAGCACAUCUUGGACUUCAGGAGCCACAGCUAGGCUUUGGCAGUCACUCGUGAUGUGAUAGACUGCAAGAUCUCAACAGCCUUCCCCUUCCCCUUGAAGUGUCACCCCACAGGGUGCAAGAAAGUGGAUAGUCUGGCUUUAAUUUUGGAGAAGGACCAGUAUCUCCUAAAGUGUCACACUUUAGAAUGUUCCUCAGACUAGCGUGGUUAUUUCUUGUCUGCUCUUGAAGCUAAAUCUGCUUUGAGUCUGCUGCUCAGCCUAAGUGCUCAGUAGGUAAAAUGUCCUUAGAUGGAACUAAGCUGCUCUCAUGGUAGUCUUGCUUCUAGCUGCAGCAGAGCUAGCAGCUCUUUCCACAGAACAGGCAGGAGGCAAUGUUCUUGGACCACUUUCUUCAAAGUCAUGUUUAUAUCUGUGGGAGACACCCUGAUGCAGUCAGGGUUCUGGUCAUGAAUUUAUUUAGAGCCAGAUGGUGUGGUUCACCGACAGGGCCCAAGUACUCCUUCCUUGUGAUUAAGUGAAGUAGAGAAGGAAGCGGUACACAUCUGAAUUACACUGUAGGCUCACAAGCAAAAACGUGGUCCUUGGUUGACCAGAACCCAUCACAGAGUUCUAAGUCUCCUCUUGAUUUUUAAGAUUAGGAGUUCUUUAUCUCAAGGCUGAGGCUGUAGCUCGGUGGAUAGAGAGAACACUUGCCUAGCAUUCACGAGGCCUCAAGUUCUGUCCUCAGCACUUGGGUGGGGUUACUGUUUACAUCACUACCAUGAAAUUUUGUUGUUUUUCAUAAAGAAAAUACUCUAAAAUAGAUUGGGUGAGGCAUGGUCUAAGCACUUAGGAGUCUGAGGCAGGAGGAUCAAGUUGAAGGCCAGCCUGAGCUGUGUGGAGAAAACGUGUCUCAGAUUGGGCAGCAUCAGAGGCAGUGAUGUUGUGACAUUUUCAGAACAGGUCUGCAUUUGGCUAGGGUGAGUACUGGUGUUCUCAUUGUCCCUGUAAGGGUCUAAUAUAAAAUCACACACAAGUGUCCCAUGAACUGUGUCUUCUCCAAGGCUUUGUUUCGCAUUUGUGUUUUGAUACAACAUGGAUGUGAGUAUCACACUUGUUUAAACAAAUGUCUGCUGUGCUUAGUGGUUGUACCUCUGUUUACCUGAUGCCUGUGUAAAGUCUGUGCUUGGCUUUGUAUGUUUACUACACCUUAUUGUUUUUAAAUAAAGAGAAAAUUUUAUGGUUAUGCAAA